AACCUCGAAUAGUGACAUAGAACUGUCAAAACUAUAAGCUGAAUCGUUUAUUAUGUUUUUGAAAUAUUUUACGACGAUUUUAAGGGAUAUAUAGCGUUUAUCAGGAUGGGGUUAAACAAUGUACUCCUUUUAAGCCAACUAACAGGCUAUAUUAUAGCUUUAAUAGUAUCGUUAUGCAUUGUUAUUCCUAUGAGUUUGCAUCAAGACCAAUUUAGAGGUCAUUGCUUGCUUUUUUCCACUGGUUGUUGGCAAGAAACAGAUGGUCAAUUAAGUGUAGAUUGGGCUUCGCAAGGAUAUUGUAACUAUACAAUAUUUGUUGGUGUUAUGUUAUUUUUGAUAUCAGCAACACAAAUUUAUAGAAUGGCUUGGUUUUUAAUAAAAGGCACCGAUAGCAGCUUUUUUUCAGCUUUCAUUGAUGUUGUUGUUAGCAUUUGGUUAGCAGCAAUGACAAUAAUAGCAGCUAUAAUGAUUACAUUGGGAUUUAUGUCAUGGUGCGAUGUUAUGGUUGAAAGAUUUCCAUCUUGUGAAGCAGCUGCGGGUCAAAAAAUUGAUGAUAAAGAUGGGAUAGUAACAGAUGGUUUUUAUGUACAACUUGGAACUGCUCAAUUUGGUGUUUGGGGCUCUUUUGCAAUGUGGGUUGGUUUAAGCGUAUUUGCUCUCCUCAAAUUAUGCCGUUAUCAUCAAAUGGAAAAUAUGAGGGUGUCCAUGUAUAGGGAGCGCCAAAGAUUGAUAUGCGAGAAUUCUUGCGAAGCAUCUUGUAAUUCUCUCGGACGAGAAUCAACAAGCAGUACAUCAGAGCAAAGAGUGGAGUGAUUAGUAAAAUAUAUCAUACAAUAUCCUUGUUUAUUUGUUUAUGCAAUUAUUCAUUUGUCUUUGUUGUUUCAACACACUCUAUAUCAAUAUUCAAAGUUUUAAUAUGUAAAUUAUAAAAUAAGAAGAUCUGUUGAUUAAUAUUCAGUAGAUAUUAGAAUUUGUAAUUAAUUUUUUCGUAUCAUAAUUAAGAAUUUAUUUAGCAAAUGUGUGAUAUAUGUGUUAGUAAAAUAUUAUUAAAACUUACUUGGUUUGAA